UGGCUUUGCCUUCCUCCUUUCGCGAUUUGUCUAAAAACGCGAUUCAUACGGUGUGACCGAACGGUCUGCAACUUUCGCCGUAAAAAAGCGAUUAAACGCACCUCGCCGUGCCGGAAAAGUGUUUGCAAAUCAGCAUCCAUUGAGUAGCAACCAAGUGCAAACGAAUGUAAAAUGUCCCGAUACGUGCAACGUCCGGAAAACGCUCUGAAAAGAGCGAACGAGUUUAUCGAUGUCGGCAAGAAGGCGCGUGCCCUGGACACCCUUCAGGAGGUGUUCCGGGCGAAGAAAUGGAACUACAACUGGUCCGAGUCGAUCAUCGAGCCGGUCAUGUUCAAGUAUCUGGACCUGUGCGUGGAGCUGAAGAAGUCGCACAUCGCCAAGGAGGGUCUGUUCCAGUACCGGAACAUGUUCCAGCUGGUGAACGUGGGUUCGCUGGAGAACGUGAUCCGGGGCUACCUGAAGAUGGCCGAGGAACGCACGGAACAGGCGCAGCAGCAGUCGUCCCAGGCGACCGUGGACAUCGACGAUCUGGACAAUCUGGCGACGCCGGAAUCGAUCCUGAUGAGCGCGGUGUGCGGUGAGGACGCGCAGGACCGUUCCGACCGGACGAUCCUGCUGCCGUGGGUAAAGUUCCUGUGGGAAAGCUACUGCCAGUGCUUGGAGCUGCUGAAGGUGAACUCGCACUGCGAAACGCUGUACCACGACAUUGCCCGGAUGGCGUUCCAGUUCUGUCUGAAGUACAACCGCAAGAUGGAGUUCCGCAAGCUGUGCGAGAAGCUGCGCAAGCAUCUGGAGGACAUCUGCAAGGUGUCGUCCCAGACGGCGAACGUCACCAUCUCGAAGCCGGAAACGCAGCAGCUGAAUCUGGAGACGCGUCUGCACCAGCUCGACUCGGCCAUCCAGAUGGAGCUGUGGCUGGAGGCGUACAAGGCCAUCGAGGACAUUCACGGGCUGAUGCAGCUGAGCAAGAAGACGCCGCUGCCGAAAACGAUGGCCCUGUACUACACCAAGCUGGCGAUGGUGUUCUGGAAGGCGGGCAAUCAGCUGUUCCACGCGUCGGCACUGCUGAAACUGUUCCAGCUGUCGCGCGACAUGAAGAAGAACGUAACGGCGGAGGAAAUUCAGCGCAUGACGACGCACGUGCUCAUCGCCACGCUGGCCAUUCCGCUGCCAUCGGCUCACCCCGAGUUCGAUCGGUUCAUCGAAACGGACAAGAGUCCGAUGGAGAAGGCGCAGCGCUUGGCAUUCCUGCUCGGCCUGCAGCAAUCGCCGUCCCGUGCACUGCUGCUGAAGGAGCUGAUCCGUCUGAACGUGCUGCAGCUGGCGGCUCCCCAGUUCCGCCAUCUCUACCAACUGCUGGAGGUGGAGUUCGAUCCGCUCAAUCUGUGCGAUCAGGUGCAGAAGAUUGUGGACGAGAUUGAGGCCGACCCGAACUCGGUGUACGGCCAGUACAUUCAGGCGCUGAAGGACGUGACGCUGGUGCGAUUGGUGCGUCAAAUUUCGCAGGUCUACCAGACGAUCGAGUUCCCGCGCCUGCUGGAGCUGGCGAAGUUUGCCGACUACCAUCAUCUGGAGCGCAUCCUGGUGGACUGUGUGCGCCACAACGAUAUGCAGAUUACGAUCGAUCAUCGCAACGAGUGCGUUCACUUCGGCACCGACCUAUCGGAGAGCCAGCGGGAGGACCACCCGGACGGGCCGACGCUGCAGUCGAUGCCGUCGGAGCAGAUCCGCUCGCAGCUGGUCAAUAUGUCGGUGGUGCUGCACCGCGCCAUCGCCACGAUCAACCCGAACCGCAAGAAGGCGGAGCGGGAGCGGCUGCGCGCCCAGAUGGUGCACCAGUACGAGGAGAACGCGGACAAGGAGCACCAGCGUAUACUGCAGCGCCAGAAGAAGAUCGAGGACCGCAAGGAGUACAUCGAGCGCAUGAACCAGGAGCGCGAGGAGGAGGAGCUGCGCCUGCAGGAGGAGCAGGUGCGCAUGCAGAAGCUGGCCGAACAGCGCCGCCUCGAGGCGGAGAACGAGGAGCGGGAGCGCAAGCGGCAUGAGAACGAGCUGCAGAUGAUGAAGGAGCGCAACAUGAAGGAGAAGAUCGAGCAGAUCAAGCAGACGGCCACGGGCCAGAAGCUGCUGAAGAAGCUGGACGAGGAAGAGAUCCGCAAGCUGAACACGGAGGAGAUAGCGGCGCGCGAGGCGGAGGAGCGGCUGAAGGAGCGCAAGGCGCACGAGAACAACCUGAAGACGCAGGAGAAGAAGAUCGACUACUUCGAGCGGGCCAAGCGGCUGGAGGAGAUCCCGCUGAUCGAGAAGUACCUGCAGGACCGGUCGGUGCAGGACAAGGAGUUCUGGGAGAAGCAGGAAGCGGCCCGCAUCGAGGCGGCCAUCGCCGAGCGCAAGAACGCGGAAGCGUGCCAGGAGCGGCUGAAGCGCAUGCUGCCCGACCGGGACGUCUACUGGCAGCAGCUGAAGAACGAGCGCGGCAACCAGUUCGCCGAGAAGCUGAAGCAGUUCAACCAGGCGCUGGAGGAGGAGCGUAAGCGCCGGCUGGCCGACCGCGUCGUCAAGCGCCGCGAGGAGCGCCGCAUGAAGUGGCUGAAGGAGAAGGAGGAGGAGCGCCGUCGCAUCGAGGAGGAGCUGCGCAAGCAGAAGGAGGAGGCGGACCGCAUCGAGCGCGAGCGGCGUGCCGAGGAGCGGCGCAUACAGGACGAGAAGAACCGCCAGCUGGCGGAGAAGCAGCUCGCCAUUGCGGAGGAGGUGGAGCGCCGAAGAAGGGAAGAGCUGGAGCAGAUGAAGGAAGCGGACGGGCGCCGUGAGCGCCGCCCUGCAGCGGGACCGGCCGAACCGAAGCCCGAGGAAAGCUGGCGCAAAGGACCGGCAGCCGCAGCUCCCGCCAAUCCUGCCGCCGACGAGCCGAAGAAGAACGUCUGGCAGGGCUCGGGCCGGUACGGGCCGGGACCGCGCGAACGGGGCGGAGAAACUGGCCCGAAAGAUAAGUGGCGCACCGGACCAGAAGAUCACGAGAAGGAUGGUGGUGGUGCUGGUGGUAUGCGUCGCGGUGGCGAUAUGCGUCGUGGUCAGGACGAUCGUGGACCGAUUCGUCGUGGUGGUGGCGAAGAGCGUGGUGAGCGCGAAGAUCGUGGUCCGAUUCGCCGUGGUGGUGGUCCAGGUGAUGCACCAGCCGGAACUGGCACUCCCCGGCGAGAUGAUCGUCCGGGUGGCGGAUUCAACCGUGAUCGCCGUGAUGAUCGUCGUGAUGAUCGCCGCGAUGAUCGCCGUGAUGAUCGCCGUGGCGAUGACCGUGGUCCACGUGGUGGUGGCGAGCGGGGCAAUACUUGGCGUCGCGGACCGGCCGACAAUGCCGACGAUAACCGUCGGGGACCGAGGGACGAAGGACGGCAGGAUACCUGGCGCAACACCCGGCAGGAUGCGGCACCCAAGCAGAAAGAGGAUCGACCCCAGCGCGAAGCACGUCCUGCUCAGGAAAAUGUUCCCCCCCGCAGCAACGCCGGCCCAGAUGAGGAAGGAUGGACGGAUGUGAAGCACCGCUAGAGUGUAGUGCGUGUGAGCGCGCGCUUGCUUGCGUUCGUGACGUCUAGUUAAGCGAGUAACUUUAAAACACAACAGUGGAACCAUAUUCUGUUCUUUCUUUUUUCUAACCAUUACGCAUCGCCGACUAUAUGAUAUCUACUUACUACUACUACUAGUGCACACCAAUUUUGCGGGGAAACAUCGGAUGUGUUGCAACUUUUGUAUUUGGAAUAUGUAAGCAUGUAAGCAUCAUGUGCAUUGGCGCAUUAGUUGUUGCAUAGGUUACUCAACAUUUUACGAUGUGCUACGGUCCUGCCCCAUGGCAGUAGUGCGCUGUCCGCGGCUAUUAGCGCUGCUGCAUUCUACUCACUGACAGAUCGCAACCCCAAUUGCGUCGUAUCCUUCUAGGGACGGAAGUGGUGAAAUGGGCUUUUGAGUGGGCUGGAGUAGCAACUAUGCUUUAGGUAACUUCAAAAUAAAAUAUUAUUAUGAAUCCAACAAAA